AUGGCUCCCUUUGUGCUGAGAGCUCUGGAUGCAGAAGGCAGGUCCCAUGCUCUGCAAAGCAACCCUGCCUGUGGGACGCGUGUCGAGCAGCAAGCCAAUGGCACCGUGGUGGUUGAGGCAUUCUAUACUGGGUGUUAUGUCAACGAGAGGCUCAGGGCAGAGCCGGCUCUAGAUGCCCCAAACCCUAGCGUGUGCUCUGCUGUCCAGUCUUCAGCUCGGCUGCCAUGCGCUGCCCCACCCAUCGCACAAGGCGACUGCGAAGAGCUGGGCUGCUGCUACCAGCCCGGUGACAGGCUGACCCCCUGCUACUAUGGCGACAAGGUGACCGCCCAGUGCACCCCAGAUGGCCAAUUCUCAGUUGCGAUCUCAAGGGAUGUGACCAUGCCACCCCUGGACCUGAGCUCUGUGCACCUGGUCAGUGCUCACAGCAGCAGAUGUGCCCCGGUGUCUAGGAAUGCAGCCUUUGUUGUGUAUCGCUUCCCACUCUCAGCCUGCGGAACCACUGUCCAGACAUCUGGAGACCAGAGGGUGUAUGAGAAUGAGCUGGUAGCAGACCGCCAAGUGCUCACAUCUCGUUUCGGCUCCAUCACUCGGGACAGCACCUUUAGGCUGACCAUCAGCUGCAGCUACUCAGCUGAGGACUUCCUCCCUGUGAAUGUCGUGGUCUCCACCCUUCCUCCACCGCCACCUGCGGUCGGGCAGGGACCCCUAGCCUUGGAGAUGAGGAUUGCUACAGAUGAGCAUUACAGCACCUACUACACAGACCACGAGUACCCAGUGGUGAAGCUUCUCAGGGACCCUGUGUACGUUGAGGUCCACAUCCUCCAGAGAACGGACCCAGGCCUGGUUCUGGUCCUGCACCAAUGCUGGGCCACCCCGAGCACCAACCCCCUGCAGCAGCCGGAGUGGCCGAUCCUUGUGGAUGGGUGCCCUUACGAAGGUGACAACUACCAGACCCAGCUGGUGCCUGUGGGUGAGGCCUCAGGGCUGCAGUUCCCAUCUCACCAUCAGCGCUUUAUUGUCAGCACUUUCACCUUUGUGGCUGCCACCUCCCAGCGAGCACUCUCAGGCCCGGUGUAUUUCCACUGCAGUGCUUCUGCCUGCCUGCCCUCCAGGCUGGAACGCUGUGUAGUCCAAUGCCCCGCAAACCUACAGGGGAGGACAAGAAGAGCCUCUCAGAGCCAAACAUGGGGGAAGGAGCCCCUGAGCCUGGUGACAGCUGAGGGGCCUGUGGACUUCCGUGCUGCCCAGGAAGCAGAGGAAGACCUUGCCCAGGAAGGUUCCCAUGGACUCAGGCCCCUGGUGGAGUGGGGAGAGGUGCUGGUGCCACUGGCAGGGGCUGUCACUGCUGUUGCAGUUGCUGUUGUGGUGGCUCUGGGCCUGAGGAAGCACUGGGGCAGGCGAGGACAUGCCAAUGGGACCACAAGUGCUUAA